AUGAAUCCUCAAACAGCGCUAGAAUUUGUAAAGCGCGGAGCUACUCUCCUUCUUCUCGAUGUUCCUCAAUACACACUUAUCGGCAUUGACACUCAGACGUUCUCUGUAGGCCCUGCAUUUAAGGGGAUCAAGAUGAUUCCACCUGGUCCCCAUUUUGUCUUCUAUAGUUCAUCAAGCAGAGAUGGACAUGAGUUCUCACCAAUCAUUGGUUUCUUUAUUCAUGCGACCCCAUCAGAGGUGAUUGUUCGCAGAUGGGAUCAACAAGAGGAGCGACUAUUCAAACUGCCAGAAGAAGAGGAAGUGAGAUACUCUGAAGCUGUAAAAAGUCUGGAGUUUGAUAGACACCUUGGGCCUUAUUCACUAGAGCGGUAUGGAGAUUGGAAGCAAUUGUCUAACUACAUUACAAAGAGUACCAUUGAACACAUUGAACCCAUUGGAGGAGAAAUCACGGUUGCAUGUGAAUCAGAGAUGGUGGUUAACAGUCCUAAAACAUCCAUGGAAGAAGUUUUGGCAGAGCAGUUGAAGAGUGGUAAAUUUUCAAGCCUCAUUGACAAGCCUAAGAGAAGUGGGUGCUAUUACACACCAAUUCCCCGUGUUAUAAAGCACAAGGGUAUUAGUGGGCAAGAACUUACUAAUUUGAACCUUGACAAGACACAUCUUUUGGAAAGCAUAUUGAAUAAUGACUAUGGAGGUGAUGAAGACUUACUUCUGGCAGAACUUCAAUUUGCAUUUGUUGCAUUUUUGAUUGGGCAAUCGCUUGAAGCAUUUCUACAGUGGAAAACUUUAGUUAGCCUCUUACUUGGCUGCACAGAAGCUCCUUUCCACACAAGGAGUCGGCUGUUCACCAAGUUUAUUAAAGCCAUCUAUUAUCAGCUGAAGUAUGGAUUGCAAAAGGACAAUACAGACACUGGCGUUGCAGAGAGGGGGGCUUUAGCAUUGCUGGAUGAGUCUUGGAUAUCGGCUGGUAGCUUUUUGCACCACCUUUGCAAGGAUUUCUUCUCUUUGGUGCUUGAAGCCCCAGUAGUAGAUGGAGGUCUUCUGACUGCGACAAGAAAACUCAAAACACUGCUUGAGGGAACUCUAGGAUGGGAAUUCCAGCAAAACAGUGCAGUUGACGGAAUGUGCUGCGAAAAUGAGUUUGCUCCAGUAGUCGUGGAUGACCCAAGUUAUAACUGA